GUGUGGGAUUGUGGUGUUCGAAAUUCCCAACAAGUGGUAUCAGAGCUAUUGGUAGAGCUCCUGGUGUUGUGGCGAAAUGCAAACUAAAGCCAUGAAGUAUUUAAUUGAGCUAUUUGAUGGCAAGAAUGACUUUGCUCUAUGGCAAAGCACUGUGAAGGAUGUCCUUACUUGUCAAGGACUUGAUGCAGCUUUAGAAGAGACCAAGCCAGCUAAGAUGAAGAAUAGUGAAUGGAGUACUAUCCAGAAGAAGGCAGCAAGUCAAAUUCGGCUGGCGCUUGCACUGGAGGUGAAAUACAACGUCCUUUCAGAAACUACUCCAAUAGGCAUGUGGAAGAAGCUUGAAGAGAUACAUGCUUCAAAAUCUUUAACCAAUCGGCUGUGUUUAAAGAUGGAGCUAUAUCAAUUGAAGAUGGAAGAAGACACAAAUAUUCAUAAGCACUUAUCUAAUUUCAACAUGAUGAGUAUGCUAGUGGGUAAGACUACUUUGGUGAUGAAAGAUGUCACAUCCAUGUUGUUGGAGAAUGAUAAGUUUCUUGGGGAGGAUGAUGGUGCCAAUCAAACUAAUGCUUUGGUGAUGGAGCACUCUCGGGGAAGAUCCAAUGGACGUGGAGGUGGAGGAAAUCGAGAAAGGUCGAAAUCUAGACCUAAGAAGGAUUAUGGUGAAGUGCAGUGUUUUUAUUGUGGUGAGUUGGGUCACAAACAGUAUAAAUGCUCGAAGUUUAAGGAGGACUUUUCUAAUAUGAAAAUAUUGAUGAAAAGUCAAGAAACUAAGGGUAAGGGGGAGGCUAAUAUUGUUGAAGAAAAUGUAAUUGAAGUAUUAGUUUGUGAAGAGUGUGAUCCUAAGGUGGAGCAAAACAAUCAAUGGUGGAUUUUGGACUCUGCUACAACCAUGCAUGUGUGCAAUAAUCCUUCGAAAUUUGUGAGUUUGGUUCGGGGGGAGCUUGGUAAAAUAACAGUGGCUACUGGUGAGAAGGUGAAUAUUGAAGGCAUAGGAGAUGUUCGUCUCAAGGUUCACAAUGGGAGAGCCAAGAUUCUCAAGAAUGUCUACAAAGGUGGGAGACUUGUUCUGCGUGGAAGGAAGAACAAGCACAACAUCUACGUGCUUGAGCAACAUCCUGAACAAAGGCUUAACAAGAUCAUGAGGAAGAUGGUUUGGAAGCCUAAAAGGAUCUUGGUAGAUGGCAAGGAAAUUAAUAAGACUAAGAAGAAAGUGAGCUUCAAUAAUGAAGUGGUGUUUGAUGAUGGUUCGAGGAGGAGGAAACUUUCAAAAAUAGGGCACCAUGAUAAAGUGCUCUUGAGCGGGGGGAGCUGGAGUCAUGGUUGGUUUCUCCUCCCAUAGGGUUGGAGGGGGAGAUUGUUGGAAGAAAGUCCAACCCCAUGU